AACCUGAGGUUGUUAGCGGUUGGAUUGGAGAUUUGAGGUUAUAAAAUAAAGCGUUUAUUCUAGAGUUUAGUAAUUCUGUGAACGUUUAUAAAAUAAAAUAAAAAUUAAUUUUGAUACUUAAGUGUGAAAACUAUUAUUGAAUAUGAGUGAACCUUUAGUAUUUGCAUUUUCAUUAGUUGAUACUGGGGCAGUUCUGUUCUUGCUGGUAUAUUUUGUUAUAACACUUUCAGAUCUAGAAUGUGAUUAUCUGAAUGCUCAACAAUGCUGUUCAAAACUCAAUAUGUGGGUGAUCCCCAAGCUCCUGGCUCAUGCACUGAUUGUAAUCCUGUUUCUCCUCUAUGGUUGGUGGAUUCUGGCCCUCACCAAUAUUCCUAUGGUCGUUUGGAUGAGCUAUGAAUACGCGAUGGUACCGUCAGGAAACACAGGUGUGUACGAUCCCACAGAGAUACACAAUCGAGGACAGCUCAAGAAGCACAUGCGAGACUGUAUGAUAUCAUUAGGCUGGUACCUGGUCACCUUCUUUAUUUAUCUCUACUGUAUGAUAAUCUCUCUCCUCAAAGAGAAUCCCCUGGAAAAAGACACAUCUCACCUCAACGAGUUCUAAGUCAACAUAGAAGACAAGUCCGAACGUGACAGGACAUCACCGUGCUUUGAAUCUCUAGUCACCGCCGACUGACUCAUGUUUGUCUGACGAUGCGUCAGAUUUUAUUCUCUCAGAGUUUUGUUGUAAGAAAUAUUUUCUGGAUUGGAGUCACAGUUAUCUAUAAAUUGUUGUUGCAAGUUUGUCAGUUGCUCAUUGUGGAUUGGGUUGCUUUAACUCCUUAACUGCUACGCCUGUGUUAACACGGGCGAUCUCACUUUGCAUUAAACUGCCACACCACGUGCCAAACCGUUGCUUCACUACACAAUAAUCAGCAGCCAUAAAAUGAUAUAGUGUUUAUUUCAACUACUACAAGUCCAAGUAGUGCUGUUUAACUGCUACUACACUCUGACGGUCAACUAAAGAAUUAUCGCGAAAGCACAUGGUGAAGUUUUACCUGGACGUUAGAAACAAAACGUUGCUGUUUUCUAGUUUUUUAAAUUGCAUUUUUGAAGUUGCCACUGUAAUUUUUUCUAUUUUGAUUAUGGUUCAGUCAGUCUGGCAAUACUAGAAAUAUAAUGUACUGCUUUUUUUGUAUUAAUAAAAUUUUAUUAAUGUU